AUGCACUCUGCCAAGAAAAAAAUAACCUCUCUAGCAAUACACACCAAACUGAGCAUGUGCAAAAGGCCUACGGUUCAGUCUGUCUUAUCAGGAGAUAAGAGGUGGUCGCUUGAAAAAGGGGAGGGACAGAGAAGAAGGGAUCAAACAGCCUUUUUACACAAUGCAGAGGAUUAACCUUUUAGGUUCCACAGUGAGUAUAACAAGCAUGCUUUACUGCAUAUACAGACUGAUUUUACUGGGGCGGACUGACAACUCAUGGGACCCCUGUGUCCUUGCCCAAACUCAAAAAA